CUCUGGUCGCCGCGCGCACAUGCGCACUGACGCGCGCAGAGGACAGGCCUCGGCGCCGCCCCUCCCCCAGCCGCCGCGACGUUGCGGGGGCGAGGACCGUUGCCCCGCGCCCCGGGCCCUGAGGUGGGACGGUCGGCCGCUGACACCCUUCCCUUUCGGCCCUGAGGUACCCGGCCUGGUGGCCCAGGACGUUCCCGUCGCAUGGCGGAGUGCUGCGGACGACGCCCAUGAAGCCCGUAGUCCUUCUAGUUGCGCUGUUGCUAUGGCCUUCGUCCGCGCCCGCGUUUCCGAGCAUAACUGUGUCUCGUGAUGAAGAACAAAACUUGAAUCAUUAUGUACAAGUUUUAGAGAACCUAAUACUAAGUGUUCCCACUAGGGAACCAGGCCCUGAGAAAAAAUCAAGGUCUCCAAAAAAUAUUUAUUCUACAGGAUUGAAGAGGUCAAAAAUUGAGGAGACAGGUACACCUGGAGAAGCUUCAACUGAGAAUAAUGUUUUAAUCAAGGAUGUUAGUGAAGGAAGUACAACUUUCUCUACUAGAGACUUCACACCGGGAAUAGGGAAGAAACAACCUACUGAAAGUACACCAUUCUGGUCAAUCAGACCAAGCAAUGUUUCUGUUGUUUUACAUGCGGAAGAACCUUAUAUUGAGAAAGAAGAGCCAGAGCCAGAGCCAGAGCCAGAGACAGUUACAAAACGCAGCAGGGCCUCAACGAUGUCACCACCUACUUCUGAACCAUCUACGAUUACAAGUGUCACCACUAAAACCACUGCCGAAAUGUUUAUCUGGACAGAAGAAGAUGUUCCCCAGCUCUCAGGUGGAUCUGAAAUAGGCAAAUUUAAAAUGCCAACAUAUGAACAUCACUCAGAGAGUCUGAAUAAUGAUGCCAUUUUGAAAAAAAUUUCAGAAAUAUAUUCACAAAUGCAACAGGCACCUCCUGGUGACAGCAAUAAUCCAGAGUAUAAACAGUACAUUAAAGCCUCUAAAGAGCUCCUGAAACGAAGCCUUGCUCUAGCAGAAGCAGCAGAAUAUAGAUUGGAAAAAAUGUAUGCAACCGAGGCAUUGGCACAAGGACGAUCCAGUAAUAAAAUUGAUGACAUUGAAACUGUUAUUAAUAUGCUGUAUAAUUCUAGAUCUAAAUUACCAGAAUAUUUAGAUAUUAAAUACGUUCCAGCAGAGAUGAGAGAAAGAGCUACUGUAGUAUUCAGUACGUUGAAAAGAAUAUUAUGUGCAGGUCAAGUAGAAACUCAAAACCUUAUUAAGAAGUUAUUAAGCAAUAAUAUAAAAAUUUUAAACCUACUUGAUAUUCCACAAUAAAGUUGGUUUAAACCUACUUGAUAUUCCACGAUAAAGUUGGUUUAAGCAAGCUGUAUUCAUUCAUGGGAAAAUAAGCAUAUUAGUGAUUUUAAAAGUUGUUUAAAAGCAUUUUUAUUAUAGUUUAAUGCACUAACUUCUUUAUAUGCCAUGUGUUAUGAAAUUUUUCAUAUGCACUGAAAAUCUAAUAAUUUAAAAUAAAAUUUUGGUUCAGGAGUUUGUAGUUUUUCUCAUUAAUUAAAAAAGCUAUGAAGAUCUGAUGUUUAAAAUCUUGGUUUGGAUUUUACUUGAAGUUGGGGAUGUAGCUCAGUGGUAGAGUGCUGCCUAUCAUGUGUGUGAAGCCCUGGGUUCAAUCCCCCUGCAAUGCCAUAAAAAAAAAAGAAUCCUUGAUUGUACUUUAAUAGAUUAGCUAAAUUCAUCCAUUUUAUGAGUUUUAACUGCACUCUAUAUGUAGGUAGUUUGAAAUAAUUUCAUAUAAAUAUAAAAAUUUCAGGUGCAUGGUUUUUAAUUACUCUUUCAGUGAGUAAUUCAGAGAAUCUCAGUUUUAUUUCUGAAUAGCACAAUUGGGGCUUGUAUCAGAACUACUUUUGUCUGGAUGUAUGUGUGCCUCCUUUGAAAAAGUGAAUGUUAUAUUAAGACCCAUCCCUGUUCUUUUGUCAUCAAGUACUUUUGGAGUAUCAGUGAGGGACUAUAACCUGAAUUUGUAAUGAAGUCAUUUUCAUUUUUCUCUUUUUGUUCAUUUGUGUAUAUAUACAUCAAAGCUUUACAAAUGUUUUGACAGGAAGUAUGAUUGAAAUCAUUGAGGUUAAUUGUAUAAUAUUAUUAUUAUGGUGCAGGUAAUUGUUUCAUUAUUUGACCAGUAUUAUAUUCAGAUUCAUUUACUUAUUCCUUCAUUUAACCAGUCAUUUAUGGUUUAAUAAAAAAUUAUUGAUUUUCUACUAGGAUAAAUUACGAGACUUUAGGGAUAUAAUAAUGAAGACCUAUUUCCUUCUCUCUUUGAGAUUACAUUAUAACAGGAAAUAUAAACACUAAACAAAUAAUUUCAACAACUUUAAAAUUGCAUUUGUGGCAAGUUGUUAUGAAAGUGAGCUAUUUGAUCUCAUUGAAACCAAGAAUAAUUGCAAAGUUACUCUGAGAAAGAGGUGUUUAAGGUGAGGUCAAAAGAUGAGGGUGUGUUUAGGGUUAAGGGGACAUUCCAAGCAGAGGGAAGAGCAUGGGAGAAUGCUUGGGUUGAGAAUGAGUGUGGCAGGUUUGGAAAGUACUUGGUGUAUGGGAAGGCACCUUGGGAGGGCAUCCUAAGAUGGAGUGGUGACAUACGCAGGGUCAGAGCAGACCCUGCAGGGCCUUAGAUACAUAGUAACUAUUUUAACCUUUCUCCUAUGAUCAAUGAGGAUCUAUUAGUGGAUUUUAAGCAAAGGACUAGUAUGAUCAAAUAUUUUUGUCUGUGCAUUAAAAAAAAAAAAACUGACCCAUUUUAGAGGUGGGCAAAAAUAGA